AUGCAUUCCUUCCAGUUGCAGGGAGCGGCGAAGUUGCAGCAGGUGACUCAGUUGAUGAAAUCUCUCGAAGGGGAUUUGAAAGACAAGAACCUGACAACAGAGCAAAGAGUUCAAACCCUCCUCCAGUUGCGGCAGCACGGCACGAACCCCACCAGCGCAGAGCCGAUCUACUCGCAAAAUGGAAUCAACACAUUGGUGCGGUAUGGAGUUGAAGGGGAAUCUCCUGACGUGCGACGUGCAGCUUUGCGCUGUAUUGCCAAUGCCUUGUUGCUUGAUGCGAAAAUGCGGCAGGUGUUCGUAGACACAGGUUAUGGUGGAAAGCUGGCAGACAAGCUCAAGACCGACAACUCGGAAGAUGAGAUGGUGACAAGUCGGAUUCUCUUCUAUGCAACCUACGAUACGACAAUGGACUUCAAAGAUUUGAUUGAAAACCAUGCAUUGGCUGAUAACGUCGCUUAUCAGCUUGGGCGUCAUGCGAAGCAAUUUCCCAAGUCAGGAAGAACGCCAUUGUCCCAAAUGGAUGAGCUGGCUUUGACGGACACCCUCAAAUUGGUAUACAAUGUGUCAAAACUCUUCGACCUUGCUGCCGCGUUCUCUCAUUCUAUUUCUCACAUCCUAAAGAUCAUCAGUCGCAUCGACAUGCCACCUAAGCCCCUGGAUGGACUACUUGGUGGCCUCCUCAAUGCGUUGUCAAUUCUUGACUUGGAAGAUAAGAGCAAGGUGUUUGAGAGUAGCCCACUCUUCCCAACAUUCAACGAAAACUGCAAUGUGGACAAAUUGAUCAAUAUAUUGGACCAGGCUGUGUCAUCAUACAGCCCGGAGGAGCUAGAAACCAAGGUAGUCCCGCUACUCUAUUCACUUAUCACGAUUCACGAAGUUGCACCCGAUGGACCCCGCAAACAUAUGCAAGGGCUUCUUCUGCCCGAGAGCAGUGAUCGAAGCCUCCCAAUUGGACAGUCCGACAACCUUUCUUCCAGACUCUUGAAACUGUCAACUAGCCAUCACGCCAACCUCAAGGUGGCAAUCUCAGAACUAAUGUUUGUACUCUCUGAUAAAGAUCCAGAGAGUCUCACCAAAAAUAUCGGAUACGGCUUUGCUGCAGGAUUCCUGGCAGCACGUGGUAUUGAGAUGCCACAGAAUGCCAGCGAAGCAUAUGCAACCAAUCACGGCCCAGAUGCACAGCUCAACCCUAUUACAGGCCAAAGAUGGGCGGCUGAGCCCAAGGAUGAAGGCCCACCUAUGACUAUGGAGGAGAAGGAACGGGAAGCCGAACGACUAUUCGUCCUGUUUGAGAGGGCAAGGGCGAAUGGUUUGCUGAAUGUCGAGAACCCGGUGACUCAAGCCCUUCAUGAAGGAAGGUUUGAAGAGUUGCCAGAUGAUGCUGAUAGUGAUUGA